AUGUCAAAAGAACUCCUUUCCGAUCAAGGCCUCCGCUUGGAUGGCCGUCGCGCCAACGAAUUACGUCGCGUUCGAUGUCGCUUGGGUGUUUUCAGUCAACCCGAUGGCUCGGCAUAUCUGGAAAUGGGCAACACAAAGGUUCUCGCUGCCGUUUACGGACCUCAUCAAGCCAAGAAAGCAAAUCACGACGAAGUUGUCGUCAAUUGUCAGUACAGCAUGGCGACAUUUUCCACGGGCGAACGCAAAACUCGCCCUCGCGGGGACCGCAAAUCGCAAGAAAUGACAAUUCACCUGCAGGAAACGUUGAGUGCGGCAAUUAUGACGGACUUGUAUCCACGAUCCCAGAUCGAUGUCUUUAUCGAGGUGCUUCAAAGUGACGGCGGAAAUUAUUGUGCGUCGAUAAAUGCUGCGACACUGGCUUUAAUUGAUGCUGGCAUUUGCUUGAAGGAGUAUGUUUGUGCGUGUACGGCAUCACUCGCGAACGACGAUGUGGCACUGAUGGAUGUUUCGAAUGUCGAAGAGGUGAGCGGAGGACCUGUGUUGACAGUGGCUACGUUACCAAAAUCGGGAAAAAUUGCAUUUAUGGAGAUGUCACAGCGAUUUCACUUGGAUUGCUUGCCAAAAGUGUUGGAAUGUGCCACGAAAGGAGCAAAAGAGUUGUACGAAAUUUUGGAUAAAGCUGUGCGCGAUCAUUUAGUGGAAGUAGGAUCGACAGGCGAUUGGGGAAUUGUUAUCAAAUAAAGGAAUUUAUUUCAUAUUUCUAAUAA